CUAUUCCAACCGCACCUCAAGUGAGGCCGUGUUUUGUUUCUCUGCCAUUUCGCCCAACCCAGCAUCUUAUCGAGGCAUCCGCUAUGUGCGCGCACUGAAGAUCGCCGUCUGUCGACAUCUCCUCCCAUCGGCCUCCUCGUUCGACGUCUUGAGCACCGCCCGUCGAGCAUGGAGGAGCGCGCGACAACCAGCAAGAAACCUCUGCACUCCAGUCCCCUCCCCACCCCAAGACCGUUGACCCCACCGGAUAUGGAAGCAGAUACAAGUUGCUCAGAGCAACCGAGGUCAGCAGCCGUAGAUGUACGCGACGAUACCCUCUUCGAUUCUACAUACUCCAGCGGCUCGAGUCUUGACGCGGCGUCAGACCAGGCUCUAGGAACUCGAGACGCAUGGCCUCCUUCACCUUCACCUUCUCCCGACCUAUCUCCUACACACAGUGUGCAGAAGAAAGGGCGCGUGAGCCCGUCCGCAUCCCGAGGAUUUGGUUCCAUUCAAAGCAGUCCAGACAGCCGCCCGUAUACACCAACCAAGACUUCCGUCCAACGCCAUGGGCCUCAGUACCCCUUCACCCCAGAUAGCAUGCGAGUACCUAUUAAACGAUCGAUUACAUUUGACGCUGCAUCAUCGCUACCCCAGACGCCAUGGGCUUCCCCUCCGUCGGCUGACUUCACACGCGCGUCUCCAGUACAGCAUGCGCUCUUCUCCUGUCUGAAUAACCUGGAGCGAUUGAUAAGCACAAACCAGCCGGGUCCCACACAGAUGGAAUACAUCAUCGGCCAGUUCGAGGCCAUGACCAGCUAUCUCUCGGCCCCUGAGGCGCAAUCUAAACAACUUGACGAGCAUCUCUUCUCCGAACUGGAAAAAGUCGAAGGAGUGGACAAGUCGCAGCGCCUGACUAAAGAGGAAGCCGAGGCAUACGUCGCUGAGGUGGGAGCAUUCAUCCAAGGCGUCAGAGUGCACGCUGCGGAAUUGCAGACACGGCUGGACGAAACGAAGCAGCUCAACGAAAUCUACGUGGACAUCAUCUCGGAUCUGCGCCAAGAGUUGAGGACGACUCGCGAUACUGUUGCGCAGUUGCAGCAGAAACUGGACCGUCAAGGCGAACCCCGGACAGUAAGGCACCACAAGGUCUUCGUCAAGGUGGACCAGCCCAAGCGAAGCGGGUUCUGGAGCUCCUUCGUCGAGGCCUUGGAUGAGUUCGGCGCUAUGCUGAACGACUGGUAAUGAAUUUCCUUGCCUUUCUGUAUAUCCUCUGUCGAGGUGUUGAGCAUAGCACAACACCAUAGCACCAUCCUUCAGAUUUCAUCUCCUUUCCCUUUCCCUUUAGUCACGGCCUCCGAUGAUCCGGCAUACGGAACACGUCAUCAAGCAUUUUCUGGCGUCAGUCUGGGUAUCUUCCUUUUCUUUUUUGGUCGUCGGUUUUCCUAUCUGGCCCGGCGUGGUUCCUGGAUACCCCCAAACCCCUAUCUCCUCGUUCUGUCUAUCAGCAUACAUAAUUCUUCAUCAUACCCGAGCAGUACUGCAUCACGCGGUACACCUCGCCUCUAGUAAUCAAAGCUC